GUUCCUUUUCUUUUAAUUAUUUAUUUAUUUUACAAUGAGCGUUGAUUUACAAUCUUUUAUGGCUCGUCGAGGAACUAAGGCAUUAAGCCUUGUCCUUUUAUUAUCUUGUUUAGGACUGUUGGCCAAAUAUUAUCAAUAUGAACCAAACACAUCCCAUUUUAGAAGAGCAUUGUUCUUUAGAAACGAAUCAGAAUUACAAGAUAACCAACAAUUUGCUAGUCAUUUCAGUUGGUCUGAUAGUGAAGGUCGGACUCAUCAUUUACCAAUGGAAACUGUGCUAUCUAAAUCCUUUGCUUUAUCUUCCUAUUCUGAACAAUCUCAAAUCAUUCCUUAUUACUACAAGUCUGAACUCAACAUGACUGGCGAAGAUAUCACUAUUGUUACCCUUGUGACCAGAAACCGUAUCCCUAAUUUAGCAAGACUUGCUACACAAUAUCAAGGCCCUAUCUCUGCUACUAUUCAUAUUUCGAAUGACGAAGAAGGUGAAUAUACUCUAGACAUGCUGCAACAAGCCAUGGAUAAGAGCCCCAACAUGCGCAAGUUUGUCGAUAUUCAUGUUGUCCGUGAUGAAUUUGAUCGUGAACUGAAUCUUUGGCGUAAUGUGGCCAAAUUGUUCGCACGAACAGACUAUGUGAUGCAACUCGACAUUGACUUUUAUCCUUGUACUGAUAUUCGCCGUUCUGUUCUCAACAAUGACAAAGCCAUGAACUUACUUCGAUCAGGUCAAGCUGCUCUUGUCAUUCCUGCUUUCGAAUACUCUAAACAAGAAGAAGGCUUGGAUUAUCGUACAUUUCCCAAAAACAAGCCCGAUCUUGUCAAGCAAUACAAAGACAAUCAAAUUGAAAUGUUUCAUUCGUUCUGGUUGCCUGGUCAUGCUCCUACUGAUUAUGAUCGUUGGACUUCAGACGCACAAGAGAUUUACCCAGUCACAACUUAUCAACAUUCAUAUGAACCCUAUGUGAUCUUUAAGAACCAAGGAUCUCCAUGGUGUGAUGAACGAUUCUCUGGCUAUGGUAGCAAUAAGGCUGCUUGUCUGUUUGAGUUAUAUAUCUCUGGUGUUGAUUACUAUGUGCUACCUAAUGACUUUAUCGUCCAUCAAACACACGCUUAUCCUGAUGAAGCGCGCCAAGUAGAGCGAUAUUAUAAUCGUCGAUUAUAUACACAAUAUAGAGAAGAAGUGUGUAUUCGAUUAGCUCGUCGCUUUAUUGCUCAAAAGAAAUGGGAGGAUCCCAAGUCUGAAAACUUGCGAGAAGAGUGUGCUUCUAUUAAGCCUUACCAAAGAGCUAUCGGAAGAUUCGUGUAACCCUCUUCUCCCCCAUUUAGCCACAUUGAAGCAUUUUUAUUCUAUUUUAUUUGUACAGUACUAUCACAGCCCUCUUGUAAUUUUUUCCCUUUUGAUUCCCCCUUCCCUCCAAACCUACAACAAACAAACAAACAAUAUAAUAAACAUCCUCUUUUUCUUUUUUUUUUGAUAGAACA